AGUGUUCAUUAUAAUCUUUGGCUUGGUGCUAUUCUUGUUUCUUAUCGGAAAUGUGCAGAUUUAUCUUCAGUCUAAAACUAUGAAAUUAGAGGAGAUGCGUUUGGCCACAAGAGAAAUAAACCAAUGGAAACCCUUCAAAAAGCUUUCUCCUAAACUCAAGGAGGAAGUACAUGAAUAUCAGCGGCGAAUUACAAGUCUACAGAGCAGCAGUAACGAAAUAGCUUGCCUACAAAGUGGUGAUUUUUGUGGAAAGGAACUUGUAGAAUGGGUUCAGGAUCCCAACCCACGACACCUUCCUGUCUCAAGCAGAUCCAUUCAAGCCCUUACUAAAGUGGAAGCCUUUGCCCUCCAAGCUAGAGACAUGAAACGCAAUUGGGAUGCCAUACACAUACAAGCAGCUGCACGUAUUCUAUCAGCCUUGCGCAAGAGGCGUCGGAAAAAGCAACUCAAUUCGCAAUCCGUAAAUGCUAAAGCAGUUAAAAACUUGUCACGUUCUAGUGGCAGCCCCAGCAAUGGUUCUAAAUAUAGUAAUGAAUCCAGUACUUCACAGCCUGAUGCUUCACGCUUCCAAGCCAGAUCACCAGCCUUGUUGGAAGCACAGUCUGUCAUUGAGGAGCAAUAGAUCGGUAAAAGUUGGAUAUACAAGUCUACAUGUUGUCACAAGAUCAGUGGCGGACACUCUCAGAAAAAAAACUAAUUUCUCGUUUGUUUUUUCUUUUCCUUUUCCUGGAGAUUUCCAAUCUUCUUGUCUAUGCUCAGUAAACCUCAUUUAAGUUU